CUGUCCACAAUUUCGUGUUUUAUUCCUUGAAUGUUUUAAACACGGUAAUUCGCUGUUUAAAAUAGUUUAUUAUUUCUUUUCUGUUACGUUUUAUGUACCAAAUGUCGUACGCAAUCUUUUGUGUCAAUGUAAACAUGCGAACGUUACAUAAGAACUGAUAUAUGAAUCCACAUCUGCAACUUGUUGAUUGUUGCUUUUCUACCGUUGUUAAAAUAAAAGCAAUAACAAUUUUAAUAUACUUUUAGAUAAGGUCGUUUAUUUUGUAUCUCAGCAUUAUAACUGCAAAAUAAAAUUAAUUUAAAUAUUGAAUGAAUUUCAAUAUAUGAGAUUUAUCAACAAACAGUGCUCACCUUAACUAAAAGAAGGAAAAAAUAAAAACAGUUUAUUACUUUAAAUGGCAUCUGUUUUAAGGACUAAGUGAUAAUAAAUAAAUACUUCACGUUCCCGUCCAUAAAUAAAUUAUAUCAUCAUAGCUAUUUUACUUAGAUAGAAAUUAUACGAUAGUUAAUAGUUACUGUAAAUGUGAUUAUGUUAAUUAAUGUUAUGUCUUUUGUUAAUUUUAUUUCAGUAAUUUUAUUUUUGUGCUGAUUUCCAUGCUCUAAAUUGCAUACAUCUUUGAGCUAUACAAUCCAUGCCUAUCGUCUAUUACGAAAUCUCAUACAUCUAGAAUUGUGCGCAUCAAAGCCUUUUGUUCUUCUUUUUUUAAUAUAUAAAUAAAUUUUACUAGAAAAGUUAACCUUAAGAACUGUUUCAAAAUUUAGAAUCACCAAUCAGAACAUAAUUCAAAUUAUUUUUAAACUUGUACGUAAACUUGUACGAAAUGCAAAGCAUUUCAACUUGUUAAUAGUUUGUUAACAAUAGUAACAAUUGUUAGCGGCCACAUUGCAUUCAUUAACGGACUACCUAUUAAUCGCUCCAUCCUUGUCUUUCCUUUUGCUGCUGAAAGAAAACAUAUCGCGCAUUCUAAAAGAGCAACAUCCUCCUCCCUCAUCCCUGGAAUCUUAAAAGGCAAUCAAUAAACGGCCGCCGCAAACAGAUUACUUCCCUUCUUUCCGAGGAGGAUAACGUUUUUCUCUUCUCCAGCAGAGCGGACUUCCGACAACUUUGAGCGUGUUUUGCACGUGUUUAAGAAGAAGAAUGUUUAAAAAAAUUUCAAAUGACACAGCGAACUAUACGGGCGGACAGGACACCGACGUCUCUCUAUUUAAUUUUGAAGACAUCUUUUUUUUCAUUUUGACGAUGCCAACUAUGAUGUCAAUAAUUUUAUCUGCCAUUUUCUUAAAUACACUUGUUAUCAUGAGUGUUUACCAAAACAAAAAAUUACAAACAUUCACAAACUAUUUUAUUGUGUCUCUGGCCUGCACCGACAUUUUAGUGGCUUUGUUUGCUAUGACAUUUAAUGCCAUUCAAACAGUUAUGGGGAGAUGGAUAUUCGGAGAAGUUGUUUGUGACUUCUGGAAUAUCUGUGACGUCUGUUUUUCAACAGCGUCAAUUCUCCACCUCUGUUUCAUCAGUAUGGAUCGAUAUUAUUCACUCGUCGAUCCUCUUAAACACCGCAGUAAAAUGACCUGCCACAAAGUGUUCGUCAUGCUUGGUGUCAUCUGGACUCUAUCAGCAGUCAUCAGCUUCAUACCCAUAUAUAUGAAGAUUUACACUACGGAUGAGCAUUUAAAGAAUCGCUUAAGGCACCCAGAAACGUGUGACUUUAAGGUCAACAAAACCUACGCGAUCAUCUCGUCUGGAAUAAGUUUCUGGGUGCCAGGUACUUUGAUAGUAGGAGCCUACAUCCGUAUAUAUCGACUGGCUAAGCAAGCUACUGAUACAUCUGAUAUAGACGCAGCUGAACAUAACGACAAAUCGAUAUCACCCCGGGAAAAAGGUGACCCGACAGUUAUUAAACGGAAUUUCAAUAAACUGAAAAAAGGACAUAAACCUGAAAAAACAUUAGGACUAAUUUCAGGAGCCUUCAUAAUUUGUUGGUUACCAUUUUUCGUGUGGUACGACUUCGUCAGCCUUUGCUCGUCGUGUGAAUGCCCCGAAGUAAUAGGGCAAAUCCUUUUCUGGGCAGGCUAUUGUAAUUCUAGUCUGAAUCCUAUUAUUUACGCAUAUUUCAACCAUGAAUUUAGAACUACAUUUAAAAAAAUAAUUACAGAUAUGACGAGUGGUAAAAUAAAGAAAAGGAACACUAUUCGGGAAAACAUCAACUGCCACUGCGUCAGAUACACUGGAAGCGUAGAAGAGGUCUAACAUGGUACAUUUCAUUCAUGAUCUAUAGGGGCUAAGGAAUAGAAUGUUCUUUCACAACAAGUGACUGUCUGUUAUACAACUUUUCAUUUUUCUCAUCAUUUGUGUCCUUGAUGAAACGCCCAGAGUUUUGUUACCAGACCCGAAGUUUUUUUUCUUGAAACUACGAUAAAUAAGCAGAUGUAGCAAGUUGAUAGUAGAUACAAUAUCUACUAACAAUACAAUAAAUGUGAUCGGAUUUUGAAGAUCAGAAACGUCGCUUAAUCAAAGAAAUUACCUUCUGUGUCUGAUUUCUCAGCUUCUGCAGUAGUUAAUUAACAUAAUGGAGUUGGAACCUAGAUCCAUUAAGAUUGAGUUAUAGUACGAAAAGAUCCGUAUGUAUGUUGCAUAUUAAUAAAAACUUAUGUCCCGAACAGACGCUUUUAUACCCGAACUCUCUUUUUAUGGGGGAGGGUAUCUUACUUUUUUUUUAUUUUCAAGGAUAAUUAUUGUUUUUAAUUCUAAUUAAUGUAUCUAAUAAAUUAUUAAUGUAUGUAAUUAAUGUAUCUGCUAAUGUAUUUAACUCUUAUUAACGUAUUCAAGGGUAUUUAUGUAUCAAGGUAUUAUUUAAAUCCUAAUUAUGGUGUUAUACUUUGUUUUUUUCCUUUACAGAAAAAUUCAGAUAAAAAAAUACUUUACAAUUUUUUGU